AUGAGUGACGGUCGUAAACGUUUUAGUGGUUCAGAGUAUAAAAAGCGAGCCAAAGAUAAAGAAUAUAAAGAGAGUAAAGUUCUAAAUAAAAUACCUAAACUAAGUACUUUCUUUAAACCUGCUACACCGUCUUCUUUGAAUGCACCUGAUAAUGGUCAACAACAUCAACAUGAUUUAGAAGAGAUUGAAACGAGUAAGUGCGAAUCGGAUUUGGUCAUUAAUAAUUUAACAACUUCUACUUUAAAUAUGGAUCCGGCUACAUUUUAUAUUGAUUAUAAUGAUCCGGCUAAAUGGAUUAUUAAUGAUGUAACUCGCGAUUAUGUGGCAAAACACGGAAUAAAUCAAAAUUUAAAUGAUGAUUUUACAUGUUCUAAACGUGAGUAUCCUGACAAAAAUAGAUUUUUAAAUAAAUCAUUAUUUGUUAGAACACGUAUAAAUGGUGAAGUACAGUCACGACCAUGGUUAGUGUUUUCGAAAUCUACUGGUACAGUGUUUUGUGCACCAUGUCGACUCUUUGGAAGUGCACAUUUAUCAACAUUAGUAACUAUUGGUUUUAAUGAUUGGAAAAAUGCUGUACGAAAAUUAAACGAUCACGAAAAUUCUAUUCCUCAUAAAACUUCAACAGUUGCAUUAAUCGAAAGGGGGAAAACUGCAGGUAAAAUAAACCAAGAAAUUGUUUUGCAAUUAGAACAAGAAACCAAUUAUUGGCGAAAUAUUUUAAAAAGAAUAGUUGCUACUGUACGUUCUUUAGUAAUUCGAGGGUUACCAUUGAGAGGCAGUGAAGAAAAAUUUGGGUCGUAUCAUAGCGGUAAUUUCAUUAUGACAUUAGAGCUUUUAGCAGAAUUUGAUCCCUUUCUAUCAGAGCAUAUUCGCCAUUACGGUAAAAUCGGUAGUGGUAAUACAUCGUAUCUAUCUUCACAGACAUACGGAGAGUUUAUACAAAUUAUGGCAGAAAAAAUUACAAAACAAAUAGUUGAAGAAAUCAAAGUUUCAAAGUAUUUUUCGAUAAGCGUUGAUUCGACGCCCGACGUAUCCCAUGUUGAUCAGUUGUCUUUUAUCAUAAGAUACAUUUCAAAAGAUGGUACUCCUAUAGAACGAUUUUUAAAGUUUAUUGCCAAUACUGGGCAUAAAUCUGAACAACUUGCUGAUGCAGUUUUUGAUACACUUAAUCAAUAUAAUUUGGAUAUUAAAAAUUGCCGCGGGCAGUCAUACGAUAAUGCCAGUAACAUGGCUGGUAAAUACACUGGCCUUCAAGCCAGAAUUAAAGAAGUUAUUCCGUUGGCCAUUUAUGUCCCUUGCUCAGCACAUUCCCUAAAUCUUGUGGGGAUAUCUGCCGUGGAUUGCUGUGAAAAAUCGACAACAUAUUUUAGAUAUCUACAAGAAUUAUAUAACUUUUUCACAGCAUCUACCCAUCGUUGGGAAAUUUUACUAUUUUAUUUAAAAAAGUCUAAGUGUGUAAAAAGUUUGUCUCAAACCCGAUGGUCAGCAAGAUACGAAGCGGGUAAAUCUUUAUGUACUUCUUGGAGUGAAAUUAAAAACGCUUUACAGGCUAUUAUUGACGAUGCCAAUGAAAAACCUGUAACAAAAUUUGACGCUUCAGUUCUUUUGAAACCUUUUAAUACUAUAGAAAUGUGCUUUAUGACUGUUUUUUGGAAUGAAGUAUUAGAAAGGUUUCAUAUAGUUAAUAAAAAACUUCAAUCAGUUAAUAUUGAGUUAGGAAUGAUUGUUGAAUUAUAUGGAUCCUUAGAGCAGUACAUAUCUAGAAUUAGAAAUAAUUUUGAAGAAUAUGAAGGAAAAGCUAUACAAAUAUGCGGUGAAAUGCAGUACAAAAAAGACAAGCGGAGAACUGUUAAGAGAAAACGUCAAUUCGACGAAACAAUGAAUGAAGUGAUCACAGAAACAGGCAAGGAAGAUUUCAGAAUAAAUGUAUUCUUCGUUAUAUUGGAUAAAUUGAAUGCUGAACUCGUAAGGCGAGGCAGUUCAUAUAAAAAUUUAUGUGUCAAGGCACUAAUAGAACAAUAUCCUAAUGAUAUUGAAGAAUCAUUUACAAAUGAAUGUCUUCAUUUGCGUGAUCAUCUUUUUUUUAAAUCUGAUAAAAAAAGAAACGCCCAAGAACUUUGUAAGAUGUUGUAUACAAAUGAUUUAAUAGAUAUUUAUCCGAACGUCACAACAGCGUUACGUAUGUAUUUGUGCACGUUUGCAACAAAUUGUACAGCAGAGCGGUCGUUUUCAGCAUUGAAAAGAGUAAAAUCGCAUCUUCGUUCAACUUUGGAGUCAGAUAGAUUAAACGCGACAUCAAUACUACACAUAGAAUCUGAGAUGCUUCGAAGUAUAAAUUAUGAUGAUAUAAUCGACGAUUUCGCGUCUAAAAAAGUUCGUCGUAAAAUGUUAUAG